UUUUUGCUUGAUUAGAUUGUCGAUUUAUGCAGCUACUUAGAAGAAGUAUUUUUGCCAUAAGUUUAGAUCAUUCUUAGCUUCUCUCUCUUCGCGAGAAGCUCGACGUUCGAGAGAUUCACGCGAUAACCUAGAAUAGGACAACAUUUCAUUUCACGGAACGGUGCGGCACAUCGACGAUUAGCAUGAUUGGAACAAAUUAGACAACAUAAUGUCGAUAUAAACGUCCGGUAUAAUUAUAGAGAUCCUCUGCAUCGUCUCGAAAUUCACGCGAGUAAACUAAAACGACAGGCGUGUCGCACAGCUCCGUCCGUUCGGCAAGGUAAACAUUGUGAGACACGCAAAGUGAAAACAAGAGAGCAUAGACUUUACCCUUUGUCGAACGGUAUUUUUUACGCGAGAGUAAAAAAAGGCUCUGCAGCAGCGAUAGACUGAUAUUACGCCGAGGGAGAAUCGAGCUUCCGACGGGAUGACUCAGCUGGAGUUGGAUCCUCAAUUCACGCAGGGGCUGCGACUCCUGUACUCCACCAACAAGGACUCCGCGGAGCAGCUGCGAGCCCUGCUGGACGAGGCGAUUAAGCAGAAGUACGGGCCAUCCAAGAUGCUCUCCAAUGUGCUGCAUAAAAAGUACAUGAUGGAGGAACAGGUGUUGAGCGAUCACAGUAGCAGUAGCAGUAAGAAGAGCAAGAGCUCGUCCAAGCACUCGAGUAAAUCGAGCAAGAACAGUUCUCCAGUUAAUUUGCCAGCGCGUGACACUCCGCCGGACAUCCUGCAGUCGGACGAUACGCUGGCGCUGGAAAUCCUAGAGGAUGAUCUCACGUGCGUCAUUUGCAAGGGGAUGGACGUCGGGGCGAGAAACAGGCUUGUGGAAUGUCACGAGUGUCAUUCUUUGUAUCACCAGGAAUGCCACGUUCCACAUAUCUUGGACUCGCAGAUAGAUAGCGUGCCGAAGCAAGUGUGGUACUGCUCUAACUGUUCCAAGUCUCAGGUCUCGAAAGAAAGGAGUUCACCAAAGACUGUGAUAGAAAGCAAAUCUAAAGAGCAGAAAAAACCUAGCUCAAGUAGUGGAUCUAAGAUGACGCCAAAUAUUCAUAUCAUCAGCGCGGAUAGAAGACUGAAAGAUAUGAUGAAGAAAGUUAAGCAGGACAAACGUAAUACAGAAAGAAAAAAUGCAAAGAAACCACUAAAAUCAUAUAUGGAUAAAAAUAGAGGUGCUAGAUAGCUCGAUUCGUUAGAACAGUCGCCUGAGCAAGACAUCUCUGGGUUCGGUUUCUGUGAAUUUACCAUCCUCAGUAUAUAUGUCAUAUAAGAAUUUAGGAAUUUUGAUUAGGAAAAUAUUCCACUCUCUGAUACCGAACAAAGUGUACAUGAUGUGUAUGUAUGUGGAAACGCUUAUAAAACUAAGAAAGAAGUUUUAUUGUUACUUUUUACGAAUAUAUAUUUCAUCAAACCAGAGAGAGCAAGAAUCGCGACCCCUUAUGAUAAAGACAGAAAUCCUGAAUAGACACAGUACCACACUAAUGUGUAUUUAUAUUGAAGUUUAAUCUCGAAUUACAUUCAAUCGAUAUUAAUACAA